GCUAUCGCUACUCUUAUUGAUAGAAUCAAGCAAGAGAAUAAAUAGCAACGAAAAAUCUCUCGCUACUUUAAAACAGUUCAUAUGAAGGCACAAACACAUGUUUGAAUACCGGGCAUGCGCAUGAGAUUUUCAACUUAUAUUUAAGGUAUCAUAUUAGACCGGCUCAACUUAUGAUGUGUAUCGACUGAGCUUCAAUGAUUUAUAUUGUAUUGAUUGAAUAGUGAUACGCAACCGAUUAAAUUAUGCAACGUUAUCACAAAUGUAAAAGCAUAAAAACUUCAGUUACAAGAAAACAUUUUGCGUUGUAUUAGAACGUCUGUUUCUGGGUUUCUUUGAUUUUGCAUGAGUUUUAUGUACUCUCCUAAUAUUGUAGUAGGUAGGUACAUACGAAUACGAAUAUUUAUUACAACUUAGAUAGUAGUGUUAGCGAGACCGGAUUCUCGGCGAUUUAUUUGACCUUGCUACACAUGAUUUUGACAGUUUAUGCUUAUUCAAUUCGCCAAGCGGCUGCGGUUUGUCGAAAAAGAAUAUUCAUAUUCAUUGUACCGUUAGAACACUUGUUCGAAGUUUACGCGAGUACGUCAAAGCAAACAUUUCGAAUCGAUAAUUGAAAACAAGCGGAUAUUAAGGCUAUUCGCUGCACCAUGCCAGUCUUCCUGUUGUUUAACAGAGUUGCGUUGAAUCGCGUUGUAAUGAGACGUGAUGUGAUUGAAUUAAGUGCAACCAACAUUAUACGGAGAAAACUGCAUUUGCUGCAAAAUCAAGCAUUCAUCAAUGGAAAAUGGGUUGAUGCGCUUAGUGGUCAAAAAUUCGAUGUAACGAACCCAGUUAAUGAACAAACUUUGGGAACCGUUCCAGAUAUGAAUGUAGACGAUUUAAACGAAGCGAUAGAUACGGCUUACCAGACAUUCUACUCUAAAGGAUGGCAUACUAGUACAUCUAAAGAGAGAGCGGCGUUGCUGAAGAAAUGGUUUCAUUUCCUAGAAACCAAUCGCCAGGAAAUAGCUAGGAUUAUGACCAGUGAAUCUGGUAAACCUAUAGCAGAAUCUCUAGGAGAAAUUACGUACGGUAAUUCGUUCGUUGAAUGGUUCGCUGAGGAAGCUCGUCGGGUUUACGGAGAAAUUGUUCCUACUCCACAGGCAAAUCGACAGAUGAUGCUCAUUAAGCAACCAGUGGGGGUUGCUGGAUUGAUCACACCGUGGAAUUUUCCACAUGCUAUGAUUACUCGCAAAGCAGCGGCAGCUAUAGCUGCUGGUUGUACCGUUAUCAUCAAACCUGCCGAGGAUACACCGUUGACUGCAUUAGCAUUGACUAAAUUAGCCGAGGAAGCUGGAUUUCCCAAGGGUGUAUUAAAUGUGGUAACCAGCAGUCGUAAAAAUGCAGCAAGUAUUGGCGAGCUUUUGUGUAGAAGUGAGAAAGUUGCAGCUAUAUCUUUCACUGGAUCCACAGAAGUUGGAAAAUUACUUUACAAGCAAUGUGCGAAUGGCAUCAAGCGGAUUGGUUUGGAAUUAGGAGGAAAUGCUCCAUUCAUUGUAUUUGACUCGGCAGAUCUAAAUAAAGCAGUUGACGGAGCAAUGAAUUCAAAAUUUCGUAACUGCGGCCAAACAUGUAUCUCUGCGAACAGAUUUUUAGUUCAGGAUGGAAUCUAUGAUCGGUUUAUGAGUCGGUUAUUGGAACGAGUGAAACAAUUGAAAAUCGGUGAUGGCAGCCAAGAUGGAGUACAGAUCGGUCCACUAAUCAAUCGUUCUCAACUUACUAAGGUUUCGCAAUUUGUAGAAGACGCCAAACAAAAAGGAGCAGAGGUGGUUUGCGGAGGUAAGCAGUUACCCGAACAUGGAUCAUUGUAUUUCGCACCCACAAUAGUAACACGGCUACGAAAUGAUAUGCGUUUGUAUAACGAAGAAGUUUUUGGCCCUGUUAUAUCGAUUAUUCGGUUCAAAACAGAGGAUGAAGCGCUGAAAAUUGCCAACGGAACACAACGAGGGUUAGCCGGUUAUUUUUACAGUACCGAUUUGAAUCAAGUAUUUAGAGUCUCGAAAUUACUAGAGUCUGGAAUGAUUGGGGUUAACGAAGGAUUGAUAUCUAGUGCGGAGGCAGCUUUUGGCGGAAUCAAGGAAUCCGGUAUUGGGAGAGAAGGAUCAAAAUAUGGAAUCGAUGAAUACGUUUAUAUUAAAUAUUUGUGCUAUGGAAAUUUAGAAUGAAAACAAAAUUCUAAGCAAUAUUGAAUAGCAUUUAUACAAAUUAUUAAAAACUAGCUAUGGUAAAAAUAGUAGUUUGAAUUCAUUCAUCUUCUAUUAAAGCAACAAUUUGUAAAAUAAAUACAUAAAGUUAUCACUCCAAUGCGAACAAUAAUAUAUAAACUAGAGUUAAAAUGCGUUUUGAUGCAUUAAUUGUAGUUAAACCACGCAAGGUAGUGUUAUUCUAAAUGUAACACACUUACCACAAAAGAUCAAAAUAAUGGUCGCAGUGGUCCAAAUCUUACAAAAAAAAACACACUGACAGAAUGAUGCUUCUGUAUUUGUUGUUAUGAAGCAUUUUUUGGUUGGUUCGGUAUUUG